AUGGCGGCGUUGCCGAUGCUGGUGCUGCUGUUGCUGGCGGUGGCUUGGGGCGGGCCGGCCGCCGCGGGGCAGAAGCGGAAGGAGAUGGUGUUAUCAGAGAAAGUGAACCAGCUAAUGGAGUGGGCCAGCAAAAGAUCCGUUAUUCGAAUGAAUGGUGACAAAUUUAGGCGCCUUGUGAAGGCACCACCCAGAAAUUACUCUGUGAUUGUGAUGUUCACUGCUCUUCAGCCUCAUAGACAGUGUGUUGUGUGCAAGCAAGCUGAUGAGGAAUACCAGAUUCUGGCAAACUCGUGGCGAUAUUCCAGUGCAUUUACUAAUAAGAUUUUUUUUGCCAUGGUAGAUUUUGAUGAAGGCUCAGAUGUAUUUCAGAUGCUAAAUAUGAAUUCUGCUCCAACCUUCAUUAACUUUCCUGCUAAAGGGAAGCCUAAGCGAGGUGACACAUAUGAACUUCAGGUGCGUGGCUUUGCAGCUGAGCAGCUUGCUCGUUGGGUGGCUGACAGAACUGAUGUCAAUAUCCGGGUGAUAAGGCCACCAAACUAUGCUGGACCACUGAUGCUGGGACUGCUGCUUGCCGUCAUUGGAGGACUCGUGUAUCUGCGUGGAAGCAAUCUGGAUUUCCUGUAUAACAAAACUGUCUGGGCCCUUGCUGCUUUGUGUUUUGUAUUAGCAAUGACAUCAGGCCAGAUGUGGAACCACAUAAGAGGUCCACCGUAUGCUCAUAAGAAUCCCCAUACAGGACAAGUGAGUUAUAUCCAUGGGAGCAGCCAAGCCCAAUUUGUGGCAGAAACACACAUUGUUUUUCUGCUUAAUGCUGGUGUUACUUUAGGAAUGAUACUCCUCCAUGAAGCUGCUACUUCUGACAUGGAUGUGGGAAAAAGAAAAAUUAUGUGUAUUGCUGGUAUUGGCUUGGUGGUCUUAUCAUUCAGCUGGUUGUUGUCUGUCUUCAGAUCUAAAUACCAUGGCUACCCAUACAGGUAUGUCUGUCUUGCUGCUUCAGUCAUUGUUUCCCUGUCAUUGCAAUACAACUACAACACACAGGCUUUUUCAAAGGAAUUGAGUAAACAAAAGUGA